AUGUCUAUAAAUGAAGAUAAGAAGUGGAGUGAACUAUCGAAAGUUGAAAGACAUGAGUUUGUGAACAAUACAGCUAGGGAUUGCACUUUUAUCGUUGGAACCAACGAAGACGAAAUAAAACGCAUACAAUGUCACAAGAAAGUUUUGGCAGAUUGCUCAGAUGUUUUCAAUUCGAUGUUCAAUGGAAAUUUCUUGGAAUCUGCAGAAAAUUGUGAAAUUCGCUUGAAUGAUGUUCAACCAUCAGUGUUUGAAUAUUUUGUGGAGUUUAUCUAUUACGACACUUUACCAAACUUUAACCAAGUAAAUGACAUCAUACAGUUGGAUUAUUUAAGUGACAAAUACAUGAUUCGAUCUUUAAGCGAUGAAUAUGUGGAAUCAAUAAAGCGAAUGUGUUUUAUUAAUGUACUGUCAUUGCCAUCUUCGAUUUAUAAUUUAAAUCCAUCAUCUUUUGUAGUAGUCUCCGAAAAGCUUAGUACAGUACUAAAUAAACUAAGACUUUUUGAAAUGAUUGAAAAAUACGUGCUUCUCAAUUUUAUGCAUGAUACAGAAAUAUUAAGUGGAUCGAAUAAAUUAAUUAUUCAAAAAUUAUUAUCAAUUGUUAAAUUGGAGGAUAUGACCGCAAAAGAGUUUUUGGACGGACCUAAAAACUCCUCUAUUAUAGAUGUGCACACAAAAUUAAAUGCAUUAACCAAGAUAAGUGAAAAAAUCAUUCAAAAUCAAACUGAUGAUUAUUAUUGA